AUGGAGUCCCCCAAGAAGAAAAAAAAGUCCCGCUCCAAAAACCGCUCUUCUCUACUACACACCACCGGUGGUGGCCUCGAGGCCAAGGACCAUCCAGACCUCCCUCCCACUGAAGACGGAGACAAGUCAGCGCCUAAACGCAAACGCGACUCGGAACCAGCUGAGCCAAAGAAGAAGAAGAAGAAGAAGCAUCACGCACCCGAGGACAACAUAACUGGCAACAUGCCGUCUCCCCCGAAAUCGAACGGCGUCUCCUUCACCGCUGUGAACCAAGCUCGCCCUGUUCCCCAAUCUCAACAGUUUCCUCCCUCCUCGCAACCAGAAAAUUCCCCGACGCCAUCACGUGCGUCUCCAGUACAGAAUGGAGAGAGAGAAAAUGUAGAGGAAACUAUCAAUCAUCAGCCUGUUCAACACGCCCCCUCGACACCGGCAAGUCAAGAACCCAGCGGCGAGCGCGACUCCUCGACCCCCAAUGGAGAAGAAAAGAAGAGGAAAGCCAACAGGAGCUCACGACGAGGGAAGAACGACAUGAAAGUCGGGUUCUUCACGGACGAGGAAGUCCAGAGGAUGGAGGGGUUCAAGCUGGCAUUCUGCGCGGAACACCACAUCGAAGGACCGCAGUUCGACAUGUUGGUGCAGUACUCCCAACGCGGCCCAGAGAAGGACUUUCCACUUGAAAAUACCUCCAUCAACAAGGCCGAAUUUUGGUCCAGGAUCCUCGGCACUCUCCCGGACCGCGAGAAACGAUCCGUGUAUCGGUUCAUGCGGCGACACUUCCAGGCCUCGGGGCAGAAAGCGCAUGACUGGACGCCAGAGCAGGACAAGGAAUUUAUCCAGCUCGUUGCCCAAAUGGGGCCCAAAUGGAAGGAGAUUGCCAACAUGCUUGGCCGCUCCGAUGACGACGUCACGCAGCGGUGGAAGAACCGCCUGGAGCACCGCGACAAGAUGAGACACGGUGCAUGGGAGGAGCCAGAGAUCCGCCUCCUUAUUGAGGUAAUUGAGGGCAUGUGGAAGAGUCUGAAACAAACGGUCCCGGAAAGCUGUGGCAAAGACAUUUUUGAUAUGGACGACAAGCUCAUCGCGUGGGGUUCUGUGAGCGAUGCAAUUGGCAAUAUCCGAUCUCGACAACAGUGUGCAGAUCGAUUUCGCAAACUUCGCUCCCAUGUUCACGGGCUGCGGGCCAGGUCAGGCGAUCCGAACGCAAUGCCUGACCUCGCAGACACAGCAAAGAAGAAUGCCAGUUGGAACAAGAGAUUCGUAGUGAAGGAUCAAGCGAUCAGCCGGGAAUUUGUUCAGGAUGAGGGCAGUGACGAGGACUCGGUCGGAGACGAUAUUCCAGCUGAAUCUCAGAGCCUCAGACGUGGCUUCAGCAUGACCGAGAAAAUUGCGGCUCUUGCUUCAUCCCAGGGGGAGAAAGAGGCGCAAGCCGCGCUCGCUUCCAUGUCUCAGGAGAAUGCCGAAUCUGAACCCAAAAUUCAAGCUACAGCUGCUACUGACGAUCAACGACCUGUGGUCUCUUCCGCCAAGAAAUCAAAGAAACGCAAACACGCUGAGACAACCACUACAGAAGUUGACGCGCCCUCUUCACCAGCCCCUGAGAAGAAGAAAAAGAAGAGCAAGAAGAAGGAUGAGCAAGCGGAAGGAAAGGAGGCUGACAACGGAGAGCAACUGGAGAAGAAGAGAAAGAAGAAGAAGAAGCACUCCGAAGCAACCGAGGCCGAAGUCAACGGGGAAGCUGCCAGCAUCAAAGUAGCUGCGGCUGCAGAGGAUGCGGAGCACGCGGAGAACGGCGAGAAGAAAACGAAAAAGAAAAAGAAGAGCCGCAAGUCUACAGCAUCCGAGCCCAAUGGCGUCUCGAGCCAUGAACCCGAGCCUGAACCCGAGCCUGAGCCUGAGCCUGAGAUUGACCCUACGGAAUCGACCAAGAAACGCAAGAAGAAGUCCAAGAAGAAUAAGGACAAGGCCGCUGAUCUACCGGCUGCCGACGAGAGGGAUGACGGAGAAUCCAACAUUGGCAACAGCCAGGUCUACGAGGUAUCAUCGUCACAUGCUCCCGCGUCGCUGAUGUCCUCAGGCAAUGUCGAUGAUGAAGAAGAUGUCAAGAUCGAUCUUACGGAUACAGACUCCGAGGUGCAGUAUGGCAGCGACUCAUCGGGUGAAGAUUCCGUCGUGUCGGUUAAGGAGUACCGGUCUGAGUCGGAUUGA